UGGCCGUUUGCAGGAGGCGGAGGAGGCGGCUCCGGCGCUCUCUCGGGCUGGGCAUCUGGGCGCUCUCCUCCCUCUCUGUCUCUCUCGGGCCUCCUGGCGACUCCUGGGCUCCCUCCCGCAGCGAUGAAGCGCUUCUGCCUUGUCACGCUGGGCUUGGUGGCGCCGGCCUUCCUCAUCGCCGGCAUCGCCCUCCUGGCGGCCCACAUCAUGGAGAACCUGGUGGACGGCCAGAUCAAGGAGGGAACGAUCUUAAAAAAUAAUUCGGAAGCUCUUAAAUUCUGGGCGAACCCUCCAAUACCCCUUCUCCUGCAGGUCUAUUUUUUUAACUUGACCAAUCCUUUAGAAGUGCUUCAAGGGGAAAACCCUAUUGUCAAGGAAGUUGGCCCCUACACCUAUAGGGAGUGGAAAUCUCGACGGGACAUACACAUUCUGGAGAACGGCUCAAAAGUGUCUUCUUUUCAGCCAACCACUUAUUAUUUUGUGCCAGAGCUGUCCGUGGGUGACCCAGAAGUGGAUCGGAUCCGGACAGUCAACUUGCCCGCAGUGACGGCCAUGAAUAUGGCUCGGAGGACGCCUUUCCGUUUUCCUGCAGAACUGUUGCUGCUGGCCUACGAAGAAGACAUGUUCACCAUCCAUACAGUUGACGAGAUUUUAUGGGGAUACACGGAUAAGUUUCUGAAGGCGGUACACAAGUUUUUCCCCGGCGUCGAUCCGGUUUUCGGCUAUUUUAAACAGAUGAACGCGACAGAUGAUGGUGAAUAUCUCAUGUUGACUGGAGAAAAUAACUACCUGGACUUCACAAGAGUAAUUGAAUGGAAUGGCAAAGACAAGCUAGAUUGGUGGACGACACCCAGCUGUAACAUGAUCAAUGGAACAGACGGCGGGACAUUCCACGCACUGCUCACCAAAGAUGAAACGCUCUAUAUCUUCUCUACAGAUUUCUGCAGAUCCAUAUAUCUAACUUUCGAGGAAGAAUUAACCGUUUUGGGAAUUCCAACUUACCGGUUUACACCUCCCUUGGCAAUCUUUGCCAAUUCCUCGGUUAAUCCAGAUAACGCUGGCUUUUGUGUCCCUGCCGGGCACUGUGUGGGGUCUGGAAUCCUGAAUGUCACACUUUGCAAACAAGGGGCCCCGAUAUUCUUAUCGCUCCCACAUUUCUUCCAUGCUGAUGAUAAGUACGUCAAGUCGGUGGACGGCAUGCACCCAAAUAAACAGAAGCACGACACAUUUCUCGAUAUUAACCCACUGACAGGAGUUGUGGUGCGAGCGAACAAACGAAUGCAAAUCAAUGUUUUUGUUGAAACGAUACCUGAAUUUAUCCAAACGGGGAGUAUCAAAAGAAUGCCCUAUCCAGUGAUGUUUGUAAAUGAGAGUUUUCUGCUUGACGAUGUAAAUGCGGGAAAACUCCGGGCAGCCCUGCUUCAAUCCAAUCUGGUCCAAGCUGUCCCAUUCAUCAUGCUGGCACUGGGAAUUAUUUGUGGAUCAGUGUUUCUGGCAGUCACCUAUUGGCCCAGAGGGAAAAAAGAGGAGGGUACCGUUGACGAACAAGCUCCACUUAUCCGGACAUAACUCGAUCUCCCCGACCAUGCCAGGUUUACAAAAAAAAAAAAAAAAAAAGAGCUUCACCAUGAUGAUUGAACAGGGCAAACGUUUUUAACUGCCACCAGAACCUACCACUUCAACGGCACCCUUGAAGUAGUCCUCUUUUUAGCGUUUAGUAACCAUCUGCUUCCGAGGAAGGUGGACAAUUGUAAACGGAACCUGAACAGAGGGCAGAAUUACAGACUUUUUAAAGGAGUCGGUUGGACGCCAUUUGCUACUGCUUUCCCAGAGUGUGAAAAUAGCAGUAGUAUUUCACUACACUUCCACCAUUUGUUGGACUUAUGGAGUUGCACCUACAGUUUCCUGCUGGCUUACUGGAGGUGCCAUGAAAGGUGACGUCGGCCUUGGUGACAUCCUUAUUAAUUUAGGACAGUAGUCGGCAACCUUAAACACUCAAAGAGCCACAAAGGUCCUAACCGGAAGCCCCCCAUUCAAUUCUGGAGCUGGCCAGAAGUCCAGUUACCCCACCAUAGAAUCUCCUUUUAGCGCGAUGUCCUUUUUCCUAUGCCGACCGGAAGUCCGAUUCUCCCACCAUAGAGUUUCCUCCUAGCGUGGCGUCCUUUUUCUUCUACCUGUCCUAACUGAAAGCUCUAUCAAUUGUGGAGCCGACCGGCGACAGGGAGCCGCAGCAGAGGGAUGAAAGAGCCACAUGUGGCUCCAGAGCUGCAGGUUGCUGACCCCUGAUUUAGGAGAUUUGCUAGCACAGCCCUUAUCCUGCCAUCAUUUGAUUUCUUGGUGAAUCCUAUGGCUCGGAUCUACCUAGGAGUUUUACUUUUCCCAUAGUGUAAAACUUUGCACCGGAAAAGGACACACACAUGCACACACACACACACACACACACAAACACACACACAAAGAAUAAUUUUAUAUACUCCAGGAAAUUUCCUAUUUUUGGUUCAGGCCAUUGGAUGUCCCAUUCGGUGUUUGUUUUUUUAAAAAUUUCCUUUUGAGUAAAAGGCUCAGAUCGGCUUUUAUUAACCUGGCACCCAGGGUUUUUUUUCAAGCUCUAAAGGCCUCUUCCCUCAGAGGCAUCCAGGUGUGUCGUGAUUUCCCCCUUCAACUUGGAAAAAAAAUCAAAUAAAGAAGGGAUCAGAGUCUUCACAAUGAACAGCCAAAAUGGAAUUUCAACCCUGCAGGCCGAAGCCUACGAUUUGUCAAGAUAACGUGAGGAGGGGGGAAAAAAGAGAAGUUUUACAGGAUCAUUCAACUUGUACUGGAGGGAAUGAGAAGGAAUCCGUCGUCUUUGUCGAGCAAACUGCACUGAUUUGAUAAAGGGAAGCUGGGAUCCUUUUUGAGCUGGUCCUGAAAAUAAGAUAGUAGCCAGUAAUCUUGGUGUGGUAACAUCUGGCUAAUCCUGCUUUGGGGGGAGUCAUACAUUCUGCUUGAUAAUUCGGAUAAUUAGGAGAUGAGAAGGAAAAACCCAAGACAUCUCAUAUCAUGGAAGUUGGAAAAAAAAAAUUCUGGAAGAAAGCAGUGGCAAACUAUAUUUUUGCCAAGAAAACAACAUGGAUGUCCAUGAAGACACCAAGGAGUCAAGCUCACACCAAUUUUUUCCUACUAACUAAGCAGCGAAAAGAGAUGUUGUGUCCCUAAUGCUUUCCUCUCCUUUCUGUAGUAUAUCUUAUCACUUGAGUAUUACCUGAAGACACUAUGAAACUCAUAGUUCCCAAAUGCCCUAUUGUUAGAAUCCUAUUGUUAGAAAUGAAGUGGUUCCUUCCGUUUGCCAUCUUAAAUUUUCCCUUUGGAUUAGGAAGGAUUCCCCUGGCUUUUGCUGUGUGUCCGCUGUAUUCCUUUAACUUCAUCGUAAAAAUGGCUUUGCUGGAUCCCACCCAGCCUGGGCAUUUCAUCACCCGUUGUGCCAGGCAAGAGUUCUGGGAAGUUAGCCAAAUUUGAAGGUGACCUCUGUUGUAGAAUUAAUCUAAGAGAUUAGAGCGGGGGUGAAAUGCUUUAAAAAAAGUUCAGACUAUCGCGCAAUACAUCUGUGAUCGUUGGAAUCUUUUUUUUUUUUUUACUUUUUUAAAGCAUUUUUUUACUACCUAUUCGCCAGAACCAGUAAUAAAAAAAAUGCUUUAAAAAGGUUUUUAAAAAGUUUCUGACGAUCGUGUUGCACAGCGCAGCUAUGAUCAUUGGAGCCUUUUUACAAACUUUUUUAAAGCAUUUUUUUUUUUUUACUACCGGUUCAGGCGAAUCGGUAGUAAAAAAUGCUUUAAAAAGUAAUUUUUUUUAAAAAAAUGUUGGCCACGCCCACCCAGUCACAUGACACCCCACCACUACCAAGCCACACCCACAGAACCGGUAGCAAAAAAAUUUUCUUUGCAUUUCACCGCUGGUGAAACCCUAGUGGCUUCCUCGGAGGUUGGGCAAAUUAUGCAACCUAAAUCUGAGACGUUAAAAUCUGAAGCUUUUUCAGCUCAGAAAUGAAAAUGUCAUGUUACAGUGCAUAAGUUCUUGCAGGAAGAGAGAUGGUUUUGAAUAUCUGCAGGGACAAAGAAGCCAAAAGAACAGAAUAUACGAUAAUAUAUUGCAGUCUUGGGAGCCCAGGAGAUGUACUACACAGUAUCUGUAGGUCAAGAUUGUGAAUUUCUGGCUUAUUUUACAUGGAUAGCUUUUAGCCUAGGACUGAUAUAACUUGCAGAUUAUAGGCACAGUGAAAUCACUCUUGCUUUCAAAGGAGAGUUCUGUCACAAUUACAAAAAAAUUGGCCAACCUUCUGAAAAGUUGGCCUGUUAAGUCUCUUUGGGGUCCUUGGUGCUCCCUGAGCUUGGCUGUUUUCUUGCAGACGUUUCAUUGCCCAGCUAGAUAACAUCAUCAGUGCUAAAGGGGGUGGGGAUUUACUUUACUCUAUGUUUAUAUAGAGCUGGCUUGUUGGGUAGUGCAACAUUUGCAAGAAAACCUCCAAGCUCAGAGAACAUUAAAGACCCCGCAAUUCAACCUUGAGCUACAAAUAUUCUUUUCUGUCGCUGGCCUCUUGUUUUGACAUGUUGAAAACUAGAUGUGACCAGAUGUGGGAUUAGCAAUGGACUCUCUGGGGAGCAGCUUUAAAUAUGCAAAGGUUUGCAAUAGCUGUUAAUAAAUCAAAGGGCUAGUUUCUCCUCUUCUCAAAAAAAUUAGUCGAUUUAAGACAAUUUGGAAGGGAGAACCACAAUCGGAUUUUGGUACGAGCUGCUUGUGAAGUCGGUAAUGAAAUCAAAUCUCAAGGCCCUAAAAAGUGCUUGGAAUGUUGCUUGUUUAAUUUUAAGCAUCUUUUAUAGCUGACUAUAAAUCAUAUGAUGGAUGAUUUGGGGUUUCUUGUUAAGAAAAAAAAAAUCAAGGAUAAAGGCUCCCUCCUCUUGAAACCGAUAUUACGGGCAAACUUGUCUGCUGCUGAAGACGAUGGAUAAAUUUAAAAAGUCAAACUUCAGGAUCCAGUCUCCAAACAGCCUUUUCUCUGAACGUAUUUUUCUAAUUUGACUGGACAAGGUCAAUUGCUGCUGGUACUUGAGGCCUAUUCGCUUCUCUUGCACAAAUUUAGAAACGAUGGGCACACUUUGCCAGUUGCUCGCCAUUGUUUCUGCUCUUGACGUUGAGGCUCCCAAGAAUUUUCAGGUUCCUGGCAAUCCAACUGGACAUCACAAUAUUUGUCCUGCAGCUACGCAAGUUGGUGAUGUGUGCGUUGACCAGCUAAUCUCGGACUGAAACCAUAGACUGCUCUCUUUAGAAAGAUUUGAGCCCUCCUUCAACUGUAAGGGACAGGAUUGGGUUUUAAUCACAUUAUCUAAUGCUUCUCUUAACUCAAAAAGAGCUGCUGAUUUCUCUGUAUUCCACAAGUUGCACAAGGUGCACUAAUAUUAACCCUUUUUAGAUGGGAAGCUAAGAUUGUGCCAUAGCUGCUUUUCGAAGGUUGUGUUUUUGAGUUAAUGACAAGUGCUGGCCUUAAAAACAGUCUUGCAUCUCCCUGAAGUCUAACACACUUUUAUGGCAUGAUGGAACUAUACCAAGCAUUGAGUAAAAUAUGUUUUUGUUCUUUC